ACAAGCUCGUUCUUCUCUCCCACUUCUUGCACGAGGUCGACAUCGACGACACUACCAAAGACGAUGGAGGAGGACACCGAGGUACUGGACUGGGGUAACGAGGACGACGAGCAGCAGGUACAGGGAUCCCAUGGGUCUCACCAUUUACAGAAACGUUCGGACGCUCGAGACGAUGCUGAAGAUGCUGUCUCGUUGGGUGGCGACGACGACGAUCUUCAAGACUUUUCUGCCUACCAGUCAAGACCGGAGCGUGACGUUGAGAAGAUUCAGCCUUUGUCGUCUAAGCGAGUGUCGACACCCCAACCGCAGCAGAAUUCUCAAAACAAACGCGACCUACAACGCGAACACUCUGGCUCUACUCAAAUAUCAUCACGGCAAGCCGAAUCUCCUCAGCUAGGACGCUCUCAAUCGCUUUCUAUGACUAAACUCACUCAUGCGUUACCACCAAAACCGGUUCUGGUUGUGCCCGACGUUGUGCCUUCACCGCCACACGCGAGUACGCUCGCCAGUUCUAUGGUACACAGAGACAGAAGAUCAAAUGGACUUGGAAGGGGCAAGUCCGCUUCCGUAGAAGCAGGUGAUCGGUUGCCUGCUGACUGGGAGAUUAGACAUCCCAGAGGCGGAGGACGUGAGGCCUACUACUACAAUGUGAAAACUCAUGAGUCCACAUGGACUCGUCCUGACGGUACCGGUCGCGUUUCUCCUACGAAGGACAGAGACUCUGUGGCUCGGUCCCCUUUGCGUGGUGUUGAUGAUGGUACUCGCUCACAGGGACUUGCUAGGGUUGCGCCUCGAAAGGAGCCCAAGCGACAGGUUUCGCCGGCACCUAACCUAGAUGGUCUGUCCUAUGAAGAUCGUCACUAUCGUCCGGGGGAUUCUUCCAACUCCAUGAACACAGGCGACAGGAAAGAGGAGCGCGCUCCUCGUCCUCAACUACCCAGAACUCUCGAUGAUCGCAGACCGCGCUCUGUUACAUCACCUCGCCGCGAUGUUCACUUACGCAGAGGUUUGUCUCGCAGCCCGUCUCCCGUCAACGAUACGUGGAGAGGCGCAAGAGACGAGUUCAGGUCUAGAUCUCCCGUCCCUGACCGUACACGGGGACGACCUCGAAAAGAAGACACACGAAGCCCAAGUCCCGAAAUCCGCCCUUCUCGAGGAAGACGUCAGCGCGCGGACAUUGAACCGCCCCUUGCUCAAGACCAAGCCAUUCGCAGAGGUAUCUCUAGAGAGUGGCCGGCUCACAGACAUAGAUCGCCUCCAUCACAUCCACGCGAGCCAUCGCCGGUCAACUUGCGGCGGAUAGCCGAUUCAUGGGAGCCAUCUCCCACAACAGCUGCGCCCACCACAAAGCGCAAGAACCGCAAUGACAGAUCGCCAAGUCCAGUCUCGAAACGGCCUAUCUCGCGGCGCGAUGAAUACACCGCAGAUUCUUAUGUUUCUGAUGCCUACGUUCGUCAAACGGAGGACGCCUAUGCACCUCGUCAAGUGGAUGAUUCCUACGUUCCUCGCUCAACAGGCGAUGUCUACGUCCCUGCUGACUUGAUUCCACAGAGGCGCGGCAGAGAUCAGGAUCAUGUUAUCGAGAAUGAGAAUGAGGCAAAGAGAAGACGUGUGGAUGAUCGUCCAACCGAAUCGUCACCGUCUGUUCGUCGAAUUCCCCUGCCAGACCGGGCAGAACUUGCAACACCAAAUUCUUUGCCUCAGCGUCCAAGUUCCACUCAGGAAUCUGACCAGCCACGUCGAAAACGACAGCCACUUCCGCCGCAGAGUACUCGUUUCAAGGAGGCUUCGAAGUUCCCCUCCACACCAGCCAUCCCUCCUCCUGCACCGACUUUGCCGCCCGCACCAUCGCGCCCACGUGAAUCGCAAGAUGCAAGGUUCCUUAAUGGACCCAUAAAUGUGUACGCUGACGUGCCAUCGGGUCCUCGCAGUAAAACCAAGGGAUUGCAAGGUGAUCUGAUGCCCCGCGUGCCCUCGAAAGCUUAUCCUGCGCCACCUAUAGUUGCUCCAACACAACAAGAGCCCCGUGCGAUGGAUGUUGAUUAUCCUCAGCCUGUCAGGUCGCAACCUCCACGACGUCCUGAUGAUUCUCUUGCCAGAUCCACCUCAAGCACGCAUCUGGACCGUCAGGUCAGCGACAUGCAAUCAGAAUCUAUUCCAAAAGGUCCUCGAGCAAUGACGAAGAUGAACAUGCCGGGUGGAUAUGGUCCUCCCGCUUCCUUUCCCCCAGCUCCAACCAGUAAAGGAACGCCGGAGCCUAGCAGGUCUCCUGCGGCGAUGCGUGGUCGGCCAUUGCAGGGUCGCCCUCCUCCACCCCACAUGGCUGCUAACCCAGAUGUCUGGCCACAUAGGCGGGAGUCAAUUCCAACGGGCCCAGGCACACCUGGUGCAGCACCUCAACGUUUUGAGGAUACGAGAGACACUGCUCCUGGUGGUCCGUCGAAGAGAAGAUUGAGCAGCGCACGAGAAUCAAUGGCUUCAAAGCCAGCAGACGUUCGCGAAUCAAGUGAACGGCCUCUGCGACGCAUCGCGCCCACCCCGUCUGCGCCUGCGAUGAAGCUUUCAGGGACGAACAAUAUACCUAUAGGUACAAGAAGGACCGCGCCAGUUACCGAGCAACCUCUCGCAGCACCUCUUCGUCCUGCCGAACGCUUCAGAUCCACUCCGGGCCUGCCUCCUCCCGACCGUCUUGAGAUUAAGACGAGGUUUCCCGAAACGUGGGUGAACGUAUCGCAGGAAAGUUCACCUGGCUAUCGAUACCGUAACCUGCUUCCGGAAUCGGAACGUCGCCGUGUAUCAGAAUCUUCUCGCGAUGCUCCAGAAAGUUCCAGUCGCAUUCCUCAACCCGAGUUCCGAGCAGUCCAACUGAGUGUUAAUCCUCUGCGAGAAUCCUGGAUUGGACAAGGCGAUAGACCAACUCGACCGACUCGCUUCGGGCCUGAACCUUCGCAAACCAGUCCGACGAAUUCAGAUCCGCCUGAACAAAGACUGUGGGUAACUAGACAGGAGUCUCUAGAGGGCUCAAAUCGACCGGGACGUCCUGCGUCUGAUGGUCCUUCUUUGAGGUCUCAAGGGCCUUCGUCCACCUCUUCCUGGAAUGGAGAAGAUUCUCGUCCAAGAGACGGCGGUGUCGCAAGAGCAACAGAUCAGCCCUCUAAUGAUGAAUACCUUCGAUGGCCGAGAAGAGACCAUACUCCUGAUACUCCUGAAUAUGCGGCGCUGUCCGAAAAGUCGCAUUAUCCAGAGACCCAGACUUUGGAGGGUCGGUUGUCGUCGGUAUACACACCUCGCGAUUCAUCGGCUCGAAGUGUCCCUCAACACGGAGGUGCAGACAUAGAAAGAGCAAGGGUAACGUCAGGUCCGGGACAUCCACAGCCGGGUAGGGGCAGCCCUGCGACUCCUCCUCAUUAUGAAGCUAGUCGAGGUCGAGGUCGGAGCCCUUCACCGACGAAUUACUCGCUUACUUCGAGCGUUCACGUACACCCUGCACAUGCGGCUUUCGUUGAGCGUUUCUCACUGCCUCCAAUUCCUAGACCAGACAUCCUAAAGGCUUCUAAACCCAUUCGCAUCAAGCGUUCGCAGAACAGGGAUGAGUUUGAUGGUGGUAGACAGGGUGGAGGUUAUCACGAUAAUGUUGAACGAUCGCUCGAUGAAAGUCAACAGCGACCCCUUGUCCGUCGUGGAGGUUCACUGUUGGAUAGGUUGCAACUUGACAGCCCUUCGUCAGGCAUGUCCUCGCCUCCAACUUCCCUCCGACAUCGAGUAGACGGUCCAGUAAAGAGGCCAAAUGAAGAUUCGAUUGGGGCCCAUUCCACUCCUAUCGUAGCAACGAAUAACCAAGAAGGACUGGAUAUCACUACCGAGGGUGCAUCAAGGACGGCAAGGGGUAGAAAGCGGAGUGGAAAACCCAGGCGGGGAAGAAGAAAUGGUGCACCUUCAUAGAGCUGUCUCUUUCUUUUUGGAUCUGAAAGCUUUCUUGUCGUCAUGAGAUUCGCAUUGCUAUUCUUGUCGCACGCCUUGUAUCAACCAGGUUUUUUCAAUAUAUAUAAUGUCUCCUACCGCUGUGUAAGAUCGAUCGCUCACU